AUGUCAUCCGGAAAUUCUGCAGAUGCCAGUGGUAUUGGUGAUAGCUCGCCAAAUCAAUCAUCCAGGAAUAGCGAAGAGUUUCCUCUCGAUGUAGAGAAGGUAAUCUCGGUUAAUGGUGGAUUUAAGAAGAAUGGUGAGGAGCAGGAUCCGAGUCCAGGCCCUUCGCAUAAACAAGAAAAUGCUGAUACAGACUCCAACGAGAACACCGACCUUUUGGACCCUCGCCAAUAUGAUGAGAACAUUUUUCUCGUCACCUUCAGCAAAGGUGAUAAAGAGAACCCACAAAAUUGGAGUCUCCGCAAAAAAAGUCUCCAUACAGCAUUUUAUGGACUAACGACAUUUGCUGCUCAGUUUAAUUCAGCAGUCAUGUCACCAACGGUUCCACAUUUGAUGGAUUCUUUCGGUAUUAGCCGAGAAGUAGCUAUUUUAGGAACUUCUCUGUAUGUGUUAGGAAUUGCAUUUGGACCAAGCGUAUUUGCUCCUUAUUCAGAGAUGAACGGAAGAAAAAUGGGCGUGAUGCUACCAUUUUUCAUUUCACUUAUAUUUACAGCUGGUACAGCAUCGAGUGAUAAUAUUUCCGCUAUUCUUUGUACCAGAUUUUUUGCAGGAUUUUUUGCAGGAGCUCCAGUCGUGUCCUCUGGAGGUGUUCUGGCAGAUAUUUGGGAUCCUGCUAUUCGAGGAGUCGCCUUGAUAUUUUAUGCAGUGUUUGUCACAGCUGGUGUAACAUUUGGAUCAAUAUUGAGUUCGGUAGUUACCAGCGGAUCAGAUACCGACUGGCGUUGGUCUUGCUGGCUGAUUGUAAUUAUUGGUGGUGUUAUUUUAUUCUUCGAUGUUAUUCUGCUUAGCGAAACAUAUGCUCCAGUGAUUCUUGCCAAACGUGCCAGUAAUCUGCGUAUCAACACUCACCAGUGGGCGUAUCAUGCCAAACACGACGAAUGGAAAUUAGAUCUCAAGGAAUUUCUCACGUUGCAUUUAUUACGACCAUUUGCAAUGUUUGCGACACCUAUUGUAUUUUGUAUAGCAAUGUUUGCUAGUUUUGUGUUUGGUGUAUUGUAUUUGGUGAUUACCUCAGUACCAAUUACAUUCCAGAUCACCAAGGGAUGGGAGGGAACAGUGGCCACACUACCAAUGGUUGCGCUGUUUCUUGGUCUCAUUACAGGAAGUGGACUCAAUGUUUGGUCUGGUCUGAGAUACGCUAAACUCGUUCGAGCUAACAAUAAUAAACCACUGCCAGAGCAGCGGUUCCCAGUGAUGAUGAUGUUCGGAUGGUUGAUGCCUGCGGGAACCUUUAUCUUCGCAUGGACACUACGUCCCGAAAUCCACUGGAUUGUACCUAUGAUAGGUAUUUAUUUAUUAGGCACUGGAUUUAUCGUUAUUUUCCAGGGAUGCCUCAACUACCUAGUAGACACAUUCACAAGAUUUGCGGCCUCGGCCAUUGCUGCCAACACAUUUGUCCGGUCAAUCUUUGGAGGUAUCUUUCCUUUAUUUGGUGAUACCAUGUUCAUAAAUUUAGGAGUUAACUGGGGAGGCUCCCUUGUCGGAUUCAUUGCCUUAGCGUUAACUCCUAUUCCCUAUAUUUUCUACCUCUACGGUGAGAAACUUAGGUCUCGUAAUCCCUACAGCAAACUUGUCUCAUAG